UGGGUUGUAUUCAAAGGGACAUCCAGGAGUAGAUGGAUGCUCGCAUCAUAUAACCACUGGCUCCCUAACUAUCCGGCGGCCGAGAUAACUGAACUGGAAAGAUACCGAGGCUGUCCGGCGUCCGGAGCAGGAAGAAUAAUGAUGCGCUCUUGACAUUUCUCCAGGUAGCUGUUGGCUCCAAAAAGAUGUCAAUCAUUUAGUAAACCGAGAAGAAUAUUAUAUCGGAAAUAUCUAUUAAAAACCGUGUUUAAUCUCUGAGUAUGUCCAGCAACCAGUGUUGGUCUCGAGCUGGCCUAUCCUGCGCUAUUCCUGUUCGGGAUCCCGGCUAGGGCAACGAAGAAAGGGUUUGCGGGGCUGUACUUCUUCAGAUGGGGUAGUCGCGGAGCAACAGCACCAUUUUCUUAAACUCAUACAGCCUGCAUUUCUUUUGGCGUUUUCUUUUUCGUUCACUUUUCCUUCUUGUCUAGACAAUAUAUAUUAUUUUGCAUUACAUCUCCCGCGAGAAUGGAGGAGUUAUUAGCGAAACACCGCAAGGAACAAAAAGAUCUCCAAGCACGCAUCACACAGAAGAAGAAGUCUGCCACGAAGAAAACCCGCCGAGGAAUUAACGAAGAAUGCGAUAGGAUGCAGAGUGAACUCUCCGACCGACACCAGGCCGAGAUUGCAGAAUUAAAUGGCGAGCCCGCCCAGCCCGUUGAUGGCCUCGAAGAUCUUAAUCUGAAUGGUUCCGAGGAAGACGAGAAACCGAAAGAUCAGACCGAUGAUUCACAGCACCCUCCAUCGAUGAAUAAUUCUCUAGACACAUCUUCUGCUACGUCAGAGUCCUCAGCCCCAUCGCCUCGCCCGAAGAAGCCGAAUCGUCAGAAGGCUCGUCUGGCACGUCGCGCUGCGGAGCAAGCCGCACAGUCUGCCAUUGCCGCAGAGGAGGCUUCCAAACAAACAGAUCACCGUGGAAAUGAGAAAGACGUUAUGGAUGGUGUUUUCAAACGGUUGGGGUUGAAGCAGAUUGAGAUCAACCCAGAUGGACACUGUCUCUACUCUUCUAUUGCCUAUCAACUGGAAAUGUUAGGCCUUGGCUUGAAGCCCGACCCGGAAAGAAUUGUUCUUAAGUCCCCAACCCAGUCUCGCAUCGAUACAGUGGCAUCGCCCCGGCACGAUGGUUAUAGAGCAGUUAGGGCCGUGACCGCGGACUUUAUCAACGAGCACCAGGAUGAUUUUGUGCCCUUCAUGGAGGAGCCUGUGGAACAAUACACGCGCAAGAUCAAGCUUACGGCAGAAUGGGGCGGGCAACUGGAACUGUUAGCAAUCGCUAGGGCGUACGGUGUUGAAAUCAAUGUCAUCCAAGGUGACGGUAGGAUUGAAAAGAUAGAGGGUGACACUCAAGAGUAUGAUGAGGAAGAGAAGCGCAAACGUGUCAUUUGGCUAGCCUACUAUAGGCAUACAUAUGGCCUGGGUGAGCAUUACAACGCGCUUAUGAAAUGAUCUCGGUUAUCAAGGAACGUCGAUAGACGAUCAAAACCUACGUCACUACGAAGCCCAGGCUCCUUUCUGAUAUCUUUCCCGCCACGGGGCUUAUCUCUUAGCGAGUCUUAAGUCUUUCGCCAACUCCACUUGUCUCGCUACUUAAGAAUUUCUUUCGUGGAAAGGCUGUCACCGAGACCUUAUUGCCCCAGCUUCGUCAGGUUCCGAUCAAGUCGACCUUGGGCAUCAUAGAAGAUUCCUCCCUCUGAGUGAUCUAGGAUCAUCUUGUAAGCCUUACAACAAUCACGCUCUCGCAUUGUAGGAUGUCAGCCCGAUUAUAGAAGUGUUCGGGGCUCGACCAAUGCCCGGGAGAGAAAGCGUGGAUUAAUGCGCGACUGUUAUUUGGAUCCAUAAAAGAAAUCUUCUUGUCGGGAAAGUCCUGCCCGGUGCAGGAAGGAUAUGCAUUGUCAGGUGUUUGACUAUAAAACGGACCAGCCGAUGGGAAAAAAAUUCAAUGUAUAGAUCCGAUAUCCGCUUACACAGGGCGUUAUG